GCGGAGGCGGCAUGGGGCGCGAGGCGGCGUGCGCGUGAGGCCGAGGCGGAGCCGAGCCGAGCCGCCCUGCAGGCAAGCGGAAACCCGGGGUGUGAUGGACAGGUGACAGAUUUUUCAUUUUGUGUCAGGGAAUCAGAAUGACUGAGUGCUUCCUGCCUCCUACCAGCAGCCCCAGUGAACAUCGCAGAGUGGAACACAGUGGGGUUCUUGCCCGUACCCCAAGCUCCGAAGAAAUUAGCCCUACAAAAUUCCCUGGAUUAUACCGGACUGGUGAGCCUUCACCACCUCAUGACAACCUACAUGAGCCUCCAGAUAUAGUGUCUGAUGAUGAAAAGGAGCAUGGGAAGAAGAAAGGAAAAUUUAAGAAAAAGGAGAAAAGAACGGAAGGUUAUGCUGCCUUCCAAGAGGACAGCUCUGGUGAUGAAGCUGAAAGUCCUUCCAAGUUGAAGCGGUCCAAAGGAAUUCAUGUUUUCAAGAAGCCCAGCUUUUCCAAAAAGAAAGAAAAGGAUUUUAAAGUAAAAGAAAAACCCAAAGAUGAAAAACAUAAAGAUGACAAACACAAGGAAGAAAAACAUAAAGAGAAGAAGUCAAAAGACUUAACAGCCGCAGAUGUUGUAAAACAGUGGAAGGAGAAGAAAAAAAAGAAAAAGCCAACUCCAGAGCCAGAGGUACCUCAGAUCGAUGUUCCAAGUUUUAGGCCGGUGUUUGGGAUUCCUUUGGCUGAUGCAGCAGACAGGACCAUGAUGUACGAUGGCAUUCGCCUGCCAGCCGUUUUCCGUGAAUGUAUAGAUUACAUAGAGAAGUAUGGCAUGAAAUGUGAAGGCAUCUACAGAGUUUCAGGAAUAAAAUCAAAGGUGGAUGAACUAAAAGCAGCCUAUGAUCGAGAAGAAUCUCCCAACUUGGAGGAAUAUGAGCCGAAUACCAUAGCCAGCUUGCUGAAACAAUAUCUACGAGAACUGCCUGAAAACUUGCUUACCAAAGAGCUAAUGCCCCGCUUCGAAGAGGCUUGUGGGAAGAGCACAGAGGGGGAAAAAGUUCAGGAGUGCCAACGCUUGCUGAAGGAAUUGCCAGAGUGUAACCAUCUCUUAAUUUCUUGGUUGAUUGUGCACAUGGACCAUGUUAUCGCAAAGGAACUAGAAACAAAAAUGAACAUCCAGAACAUUUCUAUAGUGCUCAGCCCUACUGUUCAGAUCAGCAACCGUGUCCUGUAUGUAUUUUUUACACAUGUCCAAGAGUUCUUUGGAAAUGUGACUCUAAAGCAGGUGACAAAACCCCUUCGCUGGUCUAAUAUGGCAACAAUGCCAGCACUGCCAGAAACACAGGAAAACAUUAAAGAGGAAAUCAGACGACAGGAGUUCCUUUUAAACUGUUUACAUCGAGACUUGCAGGCGGGGAUAAAAGACUUAUCCAAAGAAGAGAGAUUAUGGGAGGUACAAAGAAUUUUAACAGCCCUCAAACGGAAACUAAGAGAAGCUAAAAGACAGGAGUGUGAAACAAAGAUUGCUCAAGAAAUUGCCAGCCUUUCGAAGGAGGAUGUCUCCAAAGAGGAAAUGAAUGAAAAUGAAGAAGUUAUUAAUAUCCUCCUCGCCCAGGAGAAUGAGAUCUUGACAGAACAGGAAGAGCUACUGGCGAUGGAGCAGUUUCUGCGCAGACAAAUUGCCUCUGAGAAGGAGGAGAUAGAACGCCUUCGAGCAGAAAUAGCUGAAAUACAAAGUCGUCAGCAACAUGGUCGAAGUGAAACUGAAGAGUAUUCUUCUGAGAGUGAGAGCGAGAGCGAGGAUGAGGAGGAGCUACAGAUUAUUUUGGAAGAUUUGCAAAGACAGAACGAGGAACUAGAGAUAAAGAACAAUCAUCUGAACCAAGCGAUUCAUGAGGAACGAGAGGCCAUCAUUGAGCUGCGAGUGCAACUUCGACUGCUACAGAUGCAGCGAGCAAAACCAGAGCAGCAGGUGCAGGAAGAGGACGAGCCAGAAAAGCGUGGGGGUGUUUCUCAGCAGCAAAGAGACAGUGUCCUGGAGACAAAAGCAGCUAAAGAGCAGUCAAAGGCAGUCAAGGAGCUAGUCAAGCCAUCACCAAGCAAAGACAGGAAGGAAACUCCAAUUUGAUCAGGGUCCUUGGGGGUAUUCAUAAAAUCAACUGGACUUAGCAAGGACUGUGCAAUUUACUGUAAUUCAGAGGCUAAAACUGCACAAAUCUUUGCUGGCUGUGUACAUUGUGUAAAGAAUCUUGUCUUUUAAAACCCUAGAGAUUUUUGUCUCCUUCAUAAUAGUGGUUUCUGCCCAUUAGGCUCAGGUUACUUUGGAGGACAAAGCAAUUAAAGGUUGGAGGGUGCAGAGGAGUUUUCCAGCUAGUGUCAGAUUAUUGGAGACCAAUUUGCUUCAGGUGACUAUAGAUAAUUCAGUAAUGGUUUUAUUUUAAACCAGAGCAAUUAUUUGUUUUCAUCAAAGCAAAAUUGGGAGGUCUCUUCUUUCCAGUCAAUAAAAAGCAAAAACCUAUCCACAAACAUUAAUUAUUUGCCUUGUGAAUCUAUUCAUUCUCAUUCACAGUCAUUUCUGCUUACCUGGUCACUCUUGCUUGUGCCUUUGAUACCUUUCUGAUGCAGAUUAUAUACAAAAGAGCUUUAAAUUCUUCCCUGUUUGGCUAAAAUGUCUGAGACUGCAGGAGAUCAUCCUUACCUAACAAAUGCCCUAAUAACUUCCUCAUUUUACAGUUGUAAAAUGUAUUAAAAUAAAUUCAAAUCUCACAGAUGUUAUUUAAGUAUGUCCCUUUGUGGUGGAAGGUGUUCAUCAAGAGCCAGCCAAGUCUUUUGUCAAUGUAGUGAACCCAUUUGCUGGUUUGUAAACCAGUGAUCCUCAUCAUCAUAUUUGUGUAACACAUAUGCUGUAUUCACACUGCUAGUGCAUAACAGCAGCCUUUUCUUAGUACAGAGAAAAGGUCCAUUUUCAAGUGUUUUGAACUCUCACUUUAGUUAAAACUCAGUGACCGAUGCUUUAGUAAUUAAAGGGGAUUGGUUAUGUUGUUUGCUUAGCUUAGAAUAAGUUAUCUUUGUCUAACCAAGCAAUAUAUUGUUCCAACUACAGAAAUUCAAGCCAUUCAUAUAAACCUGAUGAAAGAUGCCCAGUGGAGGGAGCAGGGUUUAGCAAUAGACAUUUUUUUCUUUAUUAAGAAUAACUGUGACUUACUUUUGGCUCAGCUAUUUAGUGCUACCAGCAAUCAAAGGCCUUCAUAAAAAUUGGGAUAGUAGGGCCAUUUUUAUGUUUCAAAUGCACUCAUUUAUCUCUGUCAAAUGAAAUGACGGUCAUGAGACUAGUCAAUAAAUAGUCAACUCAAAAAAUAUUGAAAACAACUCCACAGAGUGCUCAUAGCCUAUCUUGUUUCUAGAAUCUGGAUAUUUAUUUUCAGCACCUGUUGGAUGUGGUUGUAUUCUUUAUCUAUUGCACUGUUGUGAAUCAUGGGCCAUGAUUUGAUUUUGUACAAAUAAUGCUUUGAUAUGUUAUAGAAAACAGCCUCAUAUUUUUUUUAAAAUUUGGAGAAUAGAAUUUAUGAAGAUUGAGAAUGUGAUUAGGUGGCAAUUGUAAACAUGUAAAGCAUUCUCCCUUGCCUGUCUGUUACAUGCAUUUUAUAGAUGCUAGCAAUAUUUAAACAUUUCGUUUAAAUUCACUCUAAUUUCUAUCAAAUUGUCAUGGAUUUUUCUAAUCAGUGUUCUUCAGACAAAUCUCUUAAUAUUGAUUAACUUUUAUUUUGUUAGGAUCAUAUUCAUCAAGCUAAUAAAGUCAACAGCCAUUUGAAAAUAGUUUGUACUGUAUCUACCUCACAGUAAAUGUCCAUCUUUCGAAAGCCUCCUAGCUCACUUUGCAUGCGCAGCUACCUUCCAUUGUGUGUGGGGUUGGUUUUGUAGCAAACCCAUCCCUAUUAAACUCUGAAGUCAGUUUUUUGGGCCUAGUCUUCACUUACCGGCUGGUCCGGCGGCACGCCAUCGAUGUUCUGGGAUCGAUUUAUCGCGUCUGGUUAAGACGCGAUAAAUCGAUCCCGGAUCGAUCCCGGAAGUGCUCACAGUCGGCGCCGGUACUCCAGCUCGCCGAGAGGAGUACGCAGCGUCGACGGGGGGAGACUUCCGGCCGCGUCUGGACCGCGGUAAGUCCGGACUAAGGUACUUCGAAUUCAGCUACGUUAUUAACGUAGCUGAAUUUGCGUACCUUAGUCCGAAGUCCGGACUAAGUGGGGACCAGCCCUUGGAUUGCCCUCCUCUAGGGACAGUUAUCCUGGCAUUUCUAUUAUGAAACUCUGCUGAGGAAAAAAACUGGUUCAAGGCUAAAAUUUAAGUCUUUAGAUCUAAUGAAAGGCAAGCAAAACAAAUAGUCAAAGGUCUGUGGUUUUCAAGAGCCUAAUUUUACUGCUGUAACUGAAAAGGUGAACUAAGAGUUCCUUUUUGAAAUGUGGAAUUCAGGCACUCAGUUCCGUGUCUCCUGCAGUUACCAAGCAGCUGCACCACCUACAGUGCUUUAGGUGUUUGGGUUGUCACCAGCCCCUGUAGCAAUAGGACUGAACACAGAUCUUUCCAAGUAAGUACAGGAAUUAAAUGUUCAUCUCUUGUUUCUGUAAUAAUGUAAUUUGGUUUAUCCAUAUUAUGUUAAGAAAUUGAGUUCUAAAAGUUUCUGGAAAAAAAAUCAAUUCUCUUGAAAAAACAAUUAAAGCAGCUUAUGUCCAUGUU